GCUGACUCGACGCUGCUCGUGUUUUCUCGGAACAAAUUUCAGCACCAGCGUGAAACCAAUUAAAACCCCACCCAGUGAGACUCCCAGUAUGUAACCUGCAGGACAGACUGGGUUCUCUGUGGAGGACCAGUAAAGGUACUGGGAGGACUCGGUGGUGGGGUGAGCGGACCAGCAACCAGGUUGUAGAUUCUCAGACUUUGAGUGACCAUGUGGCGCACAACAUUCCUGCUGCUGCUGCUGCUUCUUUACAGUGUGGAAGCUGUAGUGGCGUCUCAGUGCUGGCAGGGGGCGACUUUCUCCGAGGCAGUGGUGUCUCCAACGGUAGAGAGCGGUGGCAUUCUGCGGGUACCCGGAGUGGCGUCCUUGCCACAGUGCGUGGCAGCAUGCUGCGACCUGCCGGGGUACGACCUGGCCUGGCUGUUCGAGGGCCGCUGCUACAUCCUGAGCUGCCAGCAGAGGGAGAACUGCCUGCCCCGAGAGCGACCCGGGGCCGACUCGGUCCUCGCCUUCCUGCGGAGAGCAUCACCACAGACGCUGGUGCUGCAGUCUUUGGUGAGAGGAGAGCCAUACGGCGGACGCUGGAAGCCACUCUCGCAGUCCUCUGAGGCCCCUGGGGACCUGGAGGCCCUGAAGGACCUCGCCCUGUUCGACGGGCCCCGCCGGGACUUCUCAGAACCCGGUGUGCUGGAUGUGGAGUAUUCGGAGGGAAGCCAGGAGGAGAGGGGAGGGCCCGGCUCGGAGAUGACGACCGAUCAGCUGUCCUUGAAGGGACAAGACGGGAUCAACAAAUCAGAGGUAGAAGACGGUCCAGAGAGGGGGGUGACAGAGAGCAGUGUGACCCAGAAUAGAGCCUCCUCUGGGGGGAACAUCAGUCUGGGAGACGAGGACAAAACCAGGAGACCAACUGAUCCUGCUGUUGCAGAGAGAACAACCAAAACACAAAGCAGCACGGAGUCGACAUCGCUUACGCCGUUACUGCUACAGAAACAAACUGACUCCACCCAACAGGACCAUAUAUGGACUUCACUUGCCACCCAUGCCACACCCCAUUGGCUGAUCAGCACAUCCGUACAGCCAGAUCGACCCCUGAUGGUGUCCCGUGGUCACCCUGUAGAGCGGACGUUGCCCACAGUUAAACCUGCUGCUUCAGUUUCUCCUGCACCCACAUCUGACAUGGUGAAGGUGUUCCAGUCAGCAGCCGGAAUGCAACAGACCCCCACCCAACCCCCAGCCAGAGCCAUGACCUUUGACCCCACCACCACCAGCUCCUCAUCUCCCAGCACCAACCCUCCAACCAUGACCUCCGCUACGACUGCUGCUGAGUCCGUAUCAGAGGUCAGGGGGUCAAACCGUGGCCCUGUGGCCAUUGUGGGUCCUGACAGGAAGGUGUUUCUUCCGGUGAGCAGCUUGUCGCUGGACGGCAGCGAUAGCACCGGUGACCGUGGCAUUGUCAGCUACCACUGGGACGCCGUCAGCGGUCCCCCAGGAUUAAAGUUGGAGGGAGCGGACCAGGCAGUAGCCACUGCGUCAGGCCUCCGGGUGGGACGCUACACCCUCAGACUGACGGUCUCUGACCAGGAGGGGGCGACAGGCAGCGCCUCGCUGACUGUCAGGGUCCUGGAAGCCACAAGUCUUCCACCCGUUGCUCACGCCAGCGGCAGCCACACUCUCACUCUACCCAACAACUCUCUAGUCCUCCGGGGCUCCGUGACCGACGGGGACCAGACAGAGGUUCACUACCUAUGGGUCAGAGACAGCCAGAGUCCUGCAGCCGGGGACGUGCUGUACGGCUCAGAGACUCAGGCCUCCCUGUACCUGACCAACCUGGUUGAGGGCACCUACCUUUUCCAGCUGAGGGUGACCGACGCUCAGGGGCGCUCCUGCACCGCCACGGCCACCGUGGAGGUCCGACCAGAGCCAGGUGGUGGGGAGGAGGUGGAGCUGGAGAUGCUGGUGCCGGUGUCUCAGGUCAGUGUGGCUCAGAGGGACACAGUGAUCCGACAACUUGCUGCUCUGCUCCACGUCCUCGAUAGCGACAUCCAGGUCCGAGCACUGCAGGGACACUCCCACCUCAGCACGGUGAUGCGGUUCUCGGUGCAGGGCCCUUCGGGGCCAAUCUCUGGCUCCAGGCUUGUGGGUCUGCUGAGAAACCAGCUGCUCAGAGAGAAGAGCGACUACCUGCUGUUCAGAGUCAUGAGAGUCGACACUGUCUUGUGCUUGCUUCGCUGUUCGGGGCGUGGCCAGUGUGAUCCAAUCACCAAGGAGUGCACGUGCGACCCCUUCUGGACGGAGAACCUGGUUCGCCGUUACUUUGGCGACGGAGAGAGCAACUGUGAGUGGAGGGUGCUGUACGUGAUCCUGACCAGCUUCAUUCUCGUGAUCUUCAUCCUGUCCAUCAGCUGGACCGUCAUCUGCUGCUGCAGGAGGAGGAGACAGACCAAAGUGAGGAGGAAAACUAAAUACACCAUCUUGGAUAACAUGGACGAGCAGGAGAGGGUGGAGCUCAGACCCAAAUUCAGUAUCAAACACCGCAGUACAGAGCACAACUCCAGCCUGAUGAUGUCUGAGUCAGAGUUGGACAGCGACCAGGACACCAUCUUCAGCCGGGAUCGACCCGUCCGCAGCAGGAACCGGCUCAGCGCUCAGGCCACCCGAAACGGAAAUGCCUUCGGCUGACGGGACAGCUGACUCCUGGUGAUGGAAAGGACUCGUCUGGGAUGUUUGCACUCUGGCAGCGAGAUGAUUUAACUUUUUAAAGUUUAAAGGACUUUAUUACCCAGAGUCCUGUCAGGUCGGUAUAAUGAACCAGUGUAUCAUUUCAGUGUCAAACUCCUUCGAAGGAUGUGAGAAUUUACGACCUGGAGGACACACCUGCAAAUUCUUACACAAAAAUUUAAGCUUGACGUCCAAAUUUGGGCAAAACUGCGAGAUACUUUGAUAGGACGACCUCGAUGUUUCGGCAUAUUCUUUAAAUACAGACUUCUAUGGAAGGCUUUAAAGAAGAAUUUGGCAUAUCAUCCUCCCCAAAGCCAGCUGAGAAGACUGAUAGAUUCAUCUCUGCAUGAAAAAAGGUCCACGAUGGAGGCUGGCCUAGCUUAGAACAAAGACUGGAAGCUGGGUGAAACUGCUGGCCUAGCUCCAACAAAAGAGGAAAAAAAUCCACCUUCCAACAACUCCCAAGUUUGUUUAUUUACAUCGCGAUACAUAUAUGUAACGAUAGCUAGCUAAGCUGUGAAAAUAAGGCUAACAUCGCUGAAAGAUAAGUCAUCUCAGUGUCUUACAUAACCGUUUAACGACAUUAGCCUUAUUAGCUAGCUGUUAGGUUGCUCUUUUACACUUGGUGCUUGGAAGAGCUGCCAAAAAUGAAAGUGACUGACAAACAGUCUGGUGAAAGUGAGCAGCUCUUCUAAGCGCCGAGUGUAAAAAAAAAAAAAAUAUAUAUAUUUUUAAGUCAUAGCAAUGAAACGUCACAUUCGCAGAUGAUGUAAAAGGAGUGGUAGUAGCCGCUGAGAUGUCACCCGUUGGUUUGUGGACUACCGUUAAAGUCAGUCAAUCUUCUGUGCUUGUUUAGUGUGAAUUAACAAAUCAGCUGAACCCUAUGAAGGUCCUUAAUUCAUGACAUAUUGUUAGCUCAAAAGAAGUGUGAACACAACAGUAACUUUCAACCAUGGAAAUUGGGCAAGAAUUUCAUUUACUUACCAAAAAAAGAAAAAUAUCACCACAAGAUGUAAUAUUACAAUUUCCUCUUUAAUUUUCCAUUAAUAUUUAUAGUCAGAAAUACAAAAAGUAAUUUUUUUUUCCCCCCACAUUAACUUUGACUACAACAGUAUAUUACAAUUAGAACCAGUUUCACAUCAUAUUAGAGACACAAUCUGCUGUACAAACCCGGAGAACAAAACUGGCAGUACAAACAAACAGUGGACAGUGGAAGAUAAGUUACUGUCAAGAAAAAAUUUAAAACAUUUUACUUCUUUACUCUGCUGCAUUUGCACAUAUGGACCCUGGUUAUUUUGAUUUGUAUUGCUGAUUUGACAUAAGCACAUACAACUAGUGUCCACUUUAUUAAGUACACUUGCUAAAACUUUCAGAGGCUUUUUAUUACCAAUUAUAUCAAUUAUGUGUUUUAGCAUUGAGGUCAUAGUGUCGUACUCGACAUUAUAUAUAUAUAUAUAAGUGUUUCUAAUAUUAUGCUUCUAUGACCCCAGUGAUUAACAUGUAAGUGAAUUUACACGUUUCUGACAAUGUCAACAUCAUCUGAACACUAAACUUUGUAAAGAUGUUACGGCAGAGCUGUUGUAUUGAUUUGCAACAGAUCGUACCUAAUUAAGUGGCUCUGGAGUGUUUUAUAAAGCUGGUUUAAAAUGUUGAUGAACAAGAUCUGUAGUUUGUAAUUACAGGUUUUUUUAAUCUCAUAUGCAUCUUUUAAUUUAUCUCAAAAUGACGAGAACCAUACUCCUAAUUACUCUAAUCUUUAUGAGAACGAUUCAUUUUAAGCCAGCUUUAAAACCUUGAAAAUCCUGCUUCAUGUCAAAGGAAUCCGAUCAAGCUAACGGACCUACGAAGAACAAAGCUCCACCCAUUACACUGCUUUGUGCUGCUCACAUGCUCGAGGCUGGAAGAGUUUGCUGCCCUUUUCUUUUGCUGCUACACCUGUAACCACACCCAACAGUGAUGUGACAGUGUCCUAAGUACAGCUGUACAGCAAGGUGACAAGUUAACCCAUUGGAGGACAGAGAGGGUUAAGUUACUCUUAAAUAAAAUCUAAAUUAAUCAAAGUACUGUUCAACAAUGUAAGAAAUAAAAAUCAAUUAAAUGGCACUUGACAUUGGCAACCAUAAUUUUACUUUAACAGAGGCUCAGAAAAGGCUUGGCCAGGAUUAAAACCAACACAGUAACAAGGAAUUUAUUUAACUUCAAUAACUAAUUAUUUUUUAUCUACACGCUGAAAUAUGCUAAAUAGAUAUUUCAUAUCUAUUUCUUCCCAAAAAUGUGGUGCAUAUUCAAACAACAUUGACAUCAGGCCAUGUAUUUGACAUUUAUAUUUUAGCAAUACUGACCUAACAGUUAUUAAUGAAAUGUCUGACUCCUAUAAACAAUGUGUUGGGCUAAUGUUCCAUACAGAAGAAAAAUGUUUGUUUUGUAUAAAUGGCCCAUGAAUUAUUACAAAUGAAAUUGUGACUUACUUUUGAACCCUGUGUGUUCAAAUAUGCCAGCAUAUCAUAAAAAAAAAAAUACUGUUAUUAUAUUAACAGGCCUACUACAGGACAUCAGGAUGGUCAGUACAACAAUGAUUUUUAUGAAAAACUAGCAAAAGGUUUUGUGCUUUUUAAAUUUAUUUUAAAUCAGUAAAUCUACAAUCUACCUUCUCCUCCAUGGCUAAGUGUGCCACUUUUCUUUCUGUUUUGAACAAAUAUCUAUGUGCUGCUGGAGAAGGUUCAGGAGGGGGAAAUAAAAAGCUGCCUCCACGUCAUCUGAGUUAUCGCAAUUUCCCCUUGUAAAAUGGCUUUCGGGUCAACUUCCAGCGUGCAAUUACAACUGGGAAAGCUCUGAUAUAUUAGACUUGGAAAUUACUAAUACGAAAGUACCAGCUUCUUCCUGUUGCCAGUAGGUAGCGCAACGACUAUGACAGGAUUCUGACAUGUAGAUGUCUUGAGAGCGGGGCAUUUAUCAGCAUGUACAGUGAAUUUACAACAACUUACUGUUUCAUGGCUAAACAGAUGAUCGCCGCCGCGCCACGGUUGCGCCCAUAAACAAAAACUCACAGCGCAACUUUUCUAAAGCAGUGUCUUCAGACUGCACUGCAGAAAUUUUAAGUUGAUCCGAUUUAUUCUGUAGGAGAAGAUCGUUGAAGUACAGAGCCUGUAAGUGGCCUAAAAACGACUUAUUUUGUAGGGGGCAGACCUGUAUGAAAUGUAAAUUUUUGCCAUCUCCAACAUGCAAAGUUUGUUUUGCGAUUCAUUUGGAAGAAAAUAGAAAUAAUAAUUAGUAAUUCCUUGCAUUUCAAUAGAAAAACACCUCCCUUAAGCUGCUCCCGUUCCGGUGGACCACCAUAGGACCUUUAUUUCAGAAAAAAUAUUUGCAGUAAUCAAACGGUAAGAGAUGACUAAUUUUUGAUCCCGUUUGAAAUGUUCCCUGAAUUACACACGAUGUUUGUCAGUCUAAAAGAUCAUUUUAGGCAAGAAAUUCAAUCUGUUGUAAUACUGUUGAAGUAUAAGACUGAAUAUACGUAACCACAAAUCCAAAAGUCCCAUGUGUGAUGUCAUAAUAGUUCUCUCAAUGACUGAAGCUAAUGUACCGACCCUAAUGUUACUGAAGCUUUUAAAUUACACAUGCUUGUCAAUUUAAAAGAUCAUUUUAGUCAGGAAAGUCAAUAUGUCGUAAAACUGUAAAGUAACAUUUACUGAAGCUAACGUCAAAGAGCUUCCAUGUGUAGGUGAUGUGAUGACAGGACCAGGAUGGAAUAUAGCUAAGCUACCGAGGUAGUAGCAAGCAAGCAAUGAACAUUAGCUUAGCAUUACAGCGCUAACAUGUUGGUGACGUAUAUCGUGCGAGAUGAGAUUUCACACAAAACUAAAUGUUUCUUUAGUUUUAUGACGAGUUGCGACUUUCUUGACUUAAAUUAUCUUUUAAACUGACAAACAGCAUGUGUGUAAUUCAGGACACAAUUCAAACAGGAUUUAAACAUUAGUUGUCUCUCGCCGUUGGCUACCAUACAUAUUUUGUCAGCGGAAAGAACAGACUUAGGCUCUUUAUUGGGUGCUCAUGCCCAAAUAACAUUGUGUUGUAUUGUCAAUUGCCACAAUUGUCAGUAUUAAGUCCCCCAAUAGAGCCUGCAACCAGUAGAAAAGUAACCACCAAGGAUUUUAUACCAUGAUCACAGAGAAUCCUGGAUUGUGAUAGGCCAGAGGUUCAUUAUUUAUUUUUCAUAUCUCAUGUAAUGUCAGCAUGUAUUGUACAUAAGAUUUUUGGACAGCAGAAACUAGGCACAGCUCGUCUGUUGGUCUUAGGAUUUCAGGCUCUAAUAUAGGGAUGAAGAAGAGUUUGGACGGUUUGGUGUUUAAUAUGUCCUCUGUGCAACGACAGUUGCAAUACUUUAUCUUCUCUGAUGUGAGCUGCUACCAGGCCUGGCCAACUAGCCUAUUACUUUCAGCAGUAACCUAGUUUUAUUUACAAGGCAAACUACAUAAUUCUGUGCCAUUGCAGGUUACACUAGCAAAAGCCCCGCUCAGGACUGGAACGUCCACUGUGUGGGAGACUGUCCCGGAUGCUGAGUGUAGGCUAACCUUUUUAUAUACAGUCUAUAAAGCUAACAUUAGCAUGUCUGUCCUCAUCUUUCUUUUUAUUCAAGGGAAGUUUAUCCAAGAUGGCUUUGCCUAACUCAUCAAGUUUAAAUCUUUUUCCUCUUGUAAAAGUUUUUAUUGUUGUAAAUAUGAACAAUAAAGCUUAAAUCUAA